AUGUGGUUUUUUGGAUCGAAAGGAGCAUCUGGAUUCUCGUCUCGUUCCACAGCAGAAGAAGUCACACAUGGAGUUGAUGGCACUGGCCUCACUGCCAUAGUCACAGGAGCAUCAAGUGGUAUAGGAAUCGAAACAGCACGUGUUCUUGCACUGCGUGGCGUGCAUGUGGUCAUGGCCGUGAGGAACACUGUCUCUGGUGCUAAAGUUAAAGAAGAUAUUGUGAACCAAGUCCCUGGGGCUAAAGUCGAUGUCAUGGAGUUAGAUCUCAGCUCAAUGGAUUCUGUCAGGAAAUUUGCAUCUGACUACAAAUCUACCGGUCUUCCACUCAACCUCUUGAUCAACAACGCCGGGAUAAUGGCAUGUCCUUUCAAGCUCUCUAAGGACAACAUCGAGAUGCAAUUUGCAACCAACCAUUUAGGUCAUUUUCUGUUGACGAAACUUCUGCUAGACACAAUGAAGAACACAUCACGUGAAAGCAAAAGAGAAGGAAGGAUUGUUAAUGUUUCAUCAUCAGGUCAGCGUUACACGUACCCUGAAGGAGUCCGCUUUGAUAAGAUCAAUGACGAGUCAAGUUACAUUAACUACCGAGCUUAUGGUCAGUCUAAACUCUGCAAUAUAUUGCACGCCAACGAGCUUGCCAAGCAACUGAAGGAAGAUGGAGUCAAUAUAACAGCAAACUCAGUUCAUCCAGGAGCUAUUAUGACAAAUCUCUGGCGCCACCUCAACAGCUAUUUAGCUGUGGCUGUUGUUUCAGUGGCUAAAUAUAUGUUCAAGACUGUUCCGCAGGGAGCAGCAACAACAUGCUAUGUGGCAUUGCAUCCUCAGGUGGCAGGAGUUACAGGAGAAUACUUUCUAGAUAACAACAUUGGUAAACCAUUGCCAAUUGCCAAAGAUUCAGAGUUGGCCAAGAAGCUUUGGGAUUUCACCAAUAAGCUUACGGAUUCGCAGUCCGGAGAAACUAGCUCUUGA